CGCUCCCGCCACCUCACCCAGCUCUCUUUCAGCUCCUGAAAGAUUCCUGUUCCUUCUGCCCCUCACCCCUCUUCCUUUGCCACCCCGGGAGUGCCUCCCUGAGCCCCUAGGAUCCCGCGAUCGUUCCACAGGCUUAGGGCACAGGACACGUUUCCUCCCGGCGCAUUCGGGAACUCUACGUUCGGGUGUCACUAGGCCGGGCCCGCCGGGUGUCCCUGGGCCCCCAGCACCCGGCGCGCAGCAGGUGCACGGCCGGUGCAGGAGGGAUUGCCUGAACGAGCAUCCUCCGGGGCGCGGGCCUGCUGGGGAGGAAGGGCCCGCGCGCCGCUCCCCCACCCCGGGACCCCGCGGCACCCUCCGCUCCCCCGUGCGGCGCCGGAAGCGCCCAGCGCGGUCCCCUCCCCGGGGCGCCGGUCCUCUUAUCUCGGCGCCUCGGGGCCGCAGGAGGAGUCCGGGUGCGCCGGGAGGGAGGCGGCGGCGGCAUGGCCCGGCGACCCUGGGGCGUCGGCAUCCCGCUAGGCUGCCUGCUGCUGCUGCUCAGCCUGGCCCGAGGCGCGCCCCGAGAGCGGAGCCAGGACGAUUUACAUCUGGAUAUCUGUGCCACUUGCCAUGAACAUGCUACCUGCUCGAAAAUAGGAAGGAUGAGCGUCUGUAUGUGCAAAUAUGGAUUUGUGGGCAAUGGGAGGACUCAUUGUAUUGAUAAAGAUGAGUGCCAAUUUGGAACCAGUGUGGUCUGUGGGAACCACACAUCUUGCCACAACACACUCGGAGGCUUUUAUUGCAUUUGCCUGGAAGGGUAUCGAGCCACAAACAACAACAAGACAUUCAUCCCCAACGACGGCACCUUUUGCACAGACAUAGAUGAGUGUGAGGUUUCCAGCCGGUGCAGGCGUGGAGGACGGUGUGUGAACACUCGUGGGAGCUAUGAAUGCUACUGUAUGGAUGGAUACUUGCCAAAAGGUGGACCUGAGCCUUUCCAUCCGACCAGAGAUGCCACGUCAUGCACAGAAAUAGACUGUGGGACCCCUCCUGAGAUUCCAGGUGGCUAUAUUAUAGGAAAUUAUACCUCUAGGCUUGGCAGUCAGGUUCAUUAUGCUUGCAAAGAAGGAUUCUUCAGUGACUCAGAAGAUACAGUUUCAAGCUGCACAGCCGUGGGCACGUGGGAGUCCCCCAAAUUAAAUUGCCAAGAAAUAAUUAUAGAAAUUAAUGAGGUGUCGGUAUUUAAUAACACCUGUGUGAGGUGGCAAAUAAACCCAGGAAGAAUAGACUCCAGGAUCGAAUAUGUGAUAUACAUUAAAGGACAACGGUUGGACCCCCUGGAAUCAGGUCAUGAGGAGACAGUUAAUUUGACCACAGAGAGCAGGACCCCAGAAGUGUGCCUAGACCUGUACCAGGGCACCAACUACACCGUGAACAUUUCUACAGCCCCUCCCCGACGCUCGGUGCCAGCCGUCAUUGAGCUCCAGACAGCUGGUGAUGAUCUCUUAGAAGAUGAUGGGAUUUUCAAUAUUUCAAUAUUUAAUGAAGUUUGCUUGAAAUUGAACAGGCAUUCUAGGAAAGUUGGAUCAGAACAAGUGUAUCAAUUUAAAGUUCUAGGUCGAAGGCGGUAUCUGAAUAAUUUUUAUCACGCGACUUCGUUUAACUUUACAACGAGGGAACAGACGGCAGUGGUGUGUUUAGAUCUGUAUCCAGCAACUGACUACACAGUGAACGUCACCCUCCUGGGAUCUCCGGAGUGGCCGUCAGUGCAAACAACAGUGACCACCGCACCAGCAGUAAAACAAACCAUCAGUAACAUUUCAAUAUUUAAUGAAACCUGCUUGAGAUGGAGAAGUAUGAAGACAGCUGAUAUAGAGGAGAUGUAUUUAGUCCACAUUUGGGGCCAGAGAUGGUAUCAACAAGCAUUUGCCCAGGAAAUGAUCUUUAAUAUCACUGCCAGCAGUCAGACUCCUGAGACGUGUUUGGACCUGAGUCCAGGUACCAACUACAGUGUCAGCAUCCAGGCUUUGUCUUCUGAGCUUCCUGUGGUCAUCUCCCUAACAACUCAGAUAACAGAGCCUCCCCUUCCGGAAGUAGACUUUUUCACUGUGCAUGGAGGGCCUCUACCACACUUGCGACUGAAGAAAGCCACAGAGAAAAAUGGACCCAUCAGUUCAUAUCAGGUGUUAGUGCUUCCCUUGGCCCUCCAAAGCACAUUUGCUUGUGAUUCUGAAGAAGCUGCUUCAUUCUUUAGCAAAGCUUCUGAGGCCAGUGGAUACGUGACUGCAGAACUGCUGGCCAAGGAUAUUCCCGAUGAUGCCAUGGAGAUAUCUAUUGGAGACAGGCUGUACUAUGGGAAAUAUUAUAAUGCACCCUUGAAAACAGGGCAUGAUUACUGCAUUAUAUUACGAAUCACAAGUGAAUGGGAUGAGGUGAGAAGAAGUACCUGUGCAGUCUGGGCUCAUGUAAAAGGUUCAUCACUCACACUCUUGUUGCCGCAGAUGGUGGGCGUUGGGCUGGGCUCCAUGGCUGUUGUGAUUGUCCUCGCAUUCCUGUCCUUCUCAGCAGUGUGAUCGCCGGUGGGCACUGCGUGAAGAGGACGCACUGCUGCUGGAGCAGGCGGUGUGACCGCUUCUCAGGGUCUGUGCAGAGGCCCCCUGUGCGCGUGGACCUGCAGUCCCAUUCCUAGAUUCAAGACGGUCACUAUCUCUUUGGCAUCCCCCCAAAGGAGGACACUCAGGGAUUGCUGCUGUCUUCCCUGUAUCUCUGAACCUGAGAACCUUGAUGUGAUAUUGACCACAGGCUGCAGGUCACGUGGGCUGGGCCUGUGUUCUCCUCCAAGUGAUGCCUGAGAGUCUCUGCCUCUUCCUUCAGAGCAUCUCUGUUGUGAAUUCAGAAUCUGUUCUUUUACGAUAAGUAAUGACAUACAUAGGGUUCCCUUGUAGCUCAGUUGGUAAAGAAUCUGUCUGCAAUGCAGGAGACCCAAGUUUGAUUCCUAGGUUGGGAAGAUACCCUGGAGAAGGAAAUGGCAACCUACUCCAGUAUUCUUGCCUGGAGAAUCCCAUGGUCAGAGAGGCCUGGCAGCCUACAGUCCAUGGGGUUGCAAGAAUCGGACACGACUUAGCGACUCCACCACCACCAGUGAGAUACAUUUAGAUGUGGGCUAGAAUUUGACUAUAGGAGGGAAGUCAUUGCAAACGACAGAUAUCAUUGACUGAGGCAAACGUGUCAGACACUUUAGAAGCACCCCUUUUCCUGCAGUUAGUGACACAUUAAUUAGAAAGCAUGCUAGCCUGGGACUUCCCUAGUGGUCCAGUGGUUAAGACUCCAUGCUUCCACUGCAAGGGGCAUGGGUUCAUUCUUGGUGGGGGAACUAAGAUGUUGUGUGGCAUGGCCAAAAUGAAUAAAUAAAGUGUUUUAAAAUACUGAAAAAAAGGAAGAAAGAAAAAGAAAGUAUACUAUCCUGGCCACUCCGGUAAGUUCCUUGCAGUGUCUGCUAGGCAGCCAUUACUUUGAUACAUUUCCCUUUGUCUUAUAUGUAUUCAAAAGCCAAGAGUCUUCUUCCAGUAAAAUAUAUUCUGUUAACUUAGUUUUCUUCCACAUGAACAUUUAUAGCAGUCUUGAUUAAUUUUUUAAAAUCACUGCUUCCUAAAAAUGUGCUUUAGAUUGAGGGUUUGUGUGUUAACAAUGGGUUGCAAUAAUAUGAAGCUCAUGGCCAGAGCCUGUGUGUCUACAGGGGAGGGGAACAAUGUGGUUGACAUGAUCUUGCGUUUUAUCUACAACAUCAGUGACUACGAGUGUUACUUUAUCACUAACCAUGACGCAUUAGGUGUUAAGCAAUCUUGGGCCCACUGUCAAUGUGCUGAAUUAACAGAUGGAGUGGAUUCAAUUUGACUUUUGAAGCCUGAAUCAGUGUUCCUGAACUUUCCUCCCUAAACUACAGGGUAACUCCAAGGCUCAGCAAGGCAGGAAGGAAGGAGGACAGAGCCUGGGGGCUUCUCUAAGGGACAGUGGUGUCCUCUUCCACUUUCUCCCUUUCUCUCCAGGCCUGGCGAGUAGAGAGCUUGGGAGGAGGUGGAGGGCAGCUUAUUGCCCAACUCAGGGUGCAACAUAGAUGAACAUGGCCCUAGAAUUGGGCAACAUCAGGGUCCUAAAGAAAAGGGAUAGCCUUUCUGACGUGGUGGGCUGGCAUAUGCUCCACUGGCUCCCUGAGCAUCAGUGAGGGACACACCUGAGCAGCCUGGGCUUGUGAGCUGAUGAGGAGACAAGGGCAGAAACAGAACAGGUGAAAGCUCUCUAUGAAGCUGCUCCCAGCCCAAGGCAUACCUUCUCAACUGCGAUGAGUCAGAGAGAGUGACGUGGUACCGAGAUGCUUGGGUUUUCAAGGUCAGCUGUUGGCCCUGCCCCCGACCAGUACUGGGCAGUAAGUAUUAGGAGUAGCUGUCCUUUGUCCUGAGGUACCAGCUCAGACCGCAACUUAGGAUCAACAUGUAGAACCACACCUGCCCUCAUCUCAGGUGAGCUAUAGAGUAGAACUCUCAACAGAAUAAUACAAACAGCUUCCUACUCUUAAUUUUUAUGUGCAGCAAUUCACAUUUAGACUGUUUUCACAGCUCUUGGUUUAAUUUUGGGAAUCAUUACAAAUUUUUGCAGUUAGUAUUGGGUAGGGUCUCUGAUGAGUAAGGAUUUCCCUCAAAAGCCCCCUCUGUUCAAAGAAUCUGAGCCUCCUCCCCUCAUUAUUAUCUACUGCCAGUUCUGUGAACACCAUAUGUUUUUGUAGUUCCCCCUAAUUUCCAGUUCUCAAAUUAACUGCCGAAGAAGCUGCAGUUGUCCAUGUGGGAACUUAGCAUAACUGUCAUUGAAAGGAAGAAACCCCAUUUGCUUCGUGUCAAAAGUGUCUGCCUAAAACAACUAACGAAAUAUGAAGUAAAAUGUACUUCUGGGUACGUGCAGAAAUGUAAAAGCAGUUCUUGGAAGAGUCCUGAAAUAGCAAAAACAUAGACUUUGCCCCUUCUUCUGAAUGUUCCAGAUUAUAUCACAGAGCUGCUUGGUGUUAAUACUUAACAGGAGCAGGUGCUGAAUACUUGCAAAAAUGAUGCACCAUUUUCCUGCAGUUCUUUCCGGAUCAUUUUCUCAUACACAUGAAGGCAGCUUUAAGUUCUCUGAAUUUACCUGGUUAGCUUUACCACAGCACCAUCCUUUUUUUCCCAAGUGGAUUCCUGGCUAAGACAGGAGAGCAUAGCAGGAGAGCAUCUCAGGAGACCAAUAGUGAGUCUUCCUAUAAGCAUUCAGCAUCCUUCUGUCGAGAGACUGAUUAGGUAGCAGUCAGAGUUGAGGGCCACUAAAUAAAGCUUCAGCAUCAGUCCUUCCAAUGAACACCCAGAACUGAUCUCCUUUAGGAUGGACUGGUUGGAUCUCCUUGCAGUCCAAGGGACUCUCAAGAGUCUUCUCCAACACCAUUGUUCAAAAGCAUCAAUUUUUCAGUGCUCAGCUUUCCUCACAGUCCAACUCUCACAUCCAUACGUGACCACUGGAAAAACCAUAGCCUUGACCAGAUGGACCUUUGUUGGCAAAGCAAUGUCUCUGCUAUUUAAUAUGCUAUCUAGGUUGGUCAUAACUUUCCUUCCAAGGAGUGAUGCUGAAGCUGAAACUCCAAUACUUUGGCCACCUCAUGCAAAGAGUUGACUCAUUGGAAAAGGCCCUGAUGCUGGGAGGGACUGGGGGCAGGAGGAGAAGGGGACGACAGAGGAUGAGAUGGCUGGAUGGCAUCACCGACUCGAUGGGCAUGAGUUUGAGUGAACUCCGGGAGUUGGUGAUGGACAGGGAGGCCUGGCGUGCUGCGAUUCAUGGGGUCGCAAAGAGUCAGACACAACUAAGUGACUGAACUGAACUGAACUGAAAUAAAGCUUGGUCCUCAAGUAGAGAUGGAGAAAGGCUCUUUUCUUAGUUAACUGUCUUGGUGACAGUGUAUAGAGGUGAGUGCUAAGAUCUAGUCUUGAGUGCCCUUCUAAAUUAAAAAUAAAAAUUGGAGGGUUACCCAGGCAUUGGACAGUUUGUUUCCUGGCUGACUUUUUUGGUUUGUUUUUGGUGCCUGUAGUUUUUAUUUAUCUCCACCAUAGUUUUUGUUUAUACAUGUCCUUUCAUUCCAUCCUCACAGCAGUUUUGUGUGGUGGGAAGCUUAGGGGUUAUCAUUUCCCCAUUUCAAAAUAGAGAGAUAGAUUCUCACAGAUAUGUAACUUCAGUUGUGGGGCCAAAUAUUCUGCCAGGAAGUCCAGUUCUCAUCUGGGAUUUGACAGGACCAUUUGGUUCUUGGGAGAGUCAGGUUUUUAUAUUUCCAAACCAUAUAUAUAUACACACACACACACACACAUAUAUAUAUACCUAUAUAACAAUAUAUAUACUGUUACUGCCUUUAGUAUUGUAGCACCUGUGCCUUUUUAUACUUAUCUUUUCACUGUAGAUACCGCCCCUCACCACUUCUAGAAGGAGCCAUAAAAAACCAAAAUAGAUGGAGGUUAAUUAGGGGAAAUAUGUAACAGUCCGUCCAUAACUCCAGACCUAUAAUUGCAGCUGGGCCCUUUAAGAUGGAGACCAGAGCAGAACUGAUUAUCUUUGACAUUCCGCAGUAGCUUGGAAGAAAGUUAAUAUUUAAAUUGAUUUUAAAGGACGUAAAAAAAGAAUUCUCAAGGCUCCCUUCAUAUUGCUAAUCUCAUAUUUUGAUUUCCUAAACCUUUAAUUUUUCCAUUUGAUUCAUCAAAGAGAAAGCCAGUGGUAGUAGAAGUCAAUCAAAUGGUAUUUUUAAGGACUGUUUGCCUCCUACAGCCUUUGUUGGUUAAACUCAAGUGCUCAGUUUUGGAGAGGAAAGAGGGUGUGCCUUUUUGUGUGUCUGUGGGCGAGUGAUUCAGUGAGACAAAUCAAUUUUAAGAAGAGUGCAUGCCCGUUGUCUCAGAGAGAGAAUGAAGGAGUCAUUUUGGUGAUAUAUGUGUGUGUGUGGAUAUGGAUAUAUUUCCAUAUCCACACUUCUUGGGCACAACGAGGGGUUACCACAAUGGCAUCAAACGAGACAUAUGGUUUCUAACAUGCUUCUUUUCCAUCAACAUAUCCUGGACACAUUUUUUUCAUGUCAAUAGUAACUGCAUUAAAAGCUGGUACCGUAAUUUAUUUAACCAAUACUCUGUUGUGUGUUGUGCAUUUAGAGUGUUUUCAGAUGUUUACUAUCUUUAUUUGCCUCUAUAUAGUUGUAUACAAUUAUCAUUCAGGCUAAAUUCCUAGACAUGAAGUUGUUGGAAUGAAAACUAUAUACAUUUUAGAUUUACUACGUAUUAUCAGAGGAAUCUCAAAGAAAGUUUAUGCCAGUUUAUGCUGUCACUGGCGGGAAGCCUCAGCACACGUGGCAUCAUUGAUAGCCUUGAUCUUGACUAAUCUGGUAGGUGGAAAAUGACCCUCCGAUGCUUUGUUUCCAUUUCACUGACUAUUUUGCAUGUUGAUGGUCUUUUGUAAUUCUGUUGGGGUGCCUUUUUUCCCCUCGGUAGUUGGCUUGAAUCUUAUAUUGAUUUGAAAAAGCUCUUUAUAUUAUGGUAAUUUUCACUCUUAGCUGUCACCUAUGUUGUAAACACAUUCUGUACUUUAUCAUUUCUCUUUUGACCUUGUUUGUGUCAUACAUUGCCACACAAAAAACUUUAAAUCUGUGUAGUCAAGUGUAUCAGUCUUUUUUCUGAUGUAUUUUGCCUUCGGAACCAUGCGUAGAAGGACCUUCCAAUCUCAAGAUAAUAACUGUAAUUCAGCAGUUUAAAAAAAAAAUUUACGUCUUUGAAUGUUCUGAAACUUAUUUUAGUAUAAGGAGUGAGGUUGAGAGGGGGUCUCUUUAAAUUUUUAUUGUUGCUAAAUGGUUUAGCCAGUUGUUCUAUGCAUAUUCCUUGACUGCUAUUUUUUCCUCUAGCUAUAUAUACUGAAUCAAAUACUAGAGUCUAUUUCCGAACUUUCUUUUUUGUUGUACUAAUUUAUUUCUAUGCCAAUACCACCUGCUUUGAGUUUAAAAUAUCAAGUAAUAUCAAUUUUUUAAAUAUCAAGUAAAAAUGAGUUACCACCCUUUUUAUGUUAAUUCUCAGAGUAUCCUCAGGUUUUAUUAUAUAUUUAUUCAUGUAUACAUAUUUAUUAUAUGUAAACUAAAGAAUUAUUUGGUCAAAUUCCUCUCCCCCCCCAAAAUCUUCCUAUUUUUCUUGGGGAUGUAUUAAAUAAAGAGUACUUCUAUCCCAAACAUGAUAUACAUCUCCAUU